CUCCCGCCCCAUCUCCGAUCGUCAGUCACCGCCGUGCCCGUGACGCCCGACAUCACCCAAGAGACGUACGAAUCGGAUAACAGCAACAACUCGAGCGGUGGCCAAGGACCGUCCAGAGGGGACUACUUCUCGCGCAGAGUCCUCGACCACGCCAUUGCCGCUUCUCCCGCUCCCGACAGCACAAACCGCGAAGGGCAGUCGUUCCAUAACAAGGUGACUGUUGGUGCACAAGAGGGCAAGAAGUGGAUGAACAGGCUCACCGAAGCUACCAUGGCCGGCCGCAGAGAGUCCAUGUCCGAGUUUCGGGAGAUCAGCCCGGAUCUCGCGCUCAGUGGAAACAUCAUCUCAGCCACCUUUAACAUCCCCCAUUCGCUAAAGUACAGGAAAGGCUCCGACUGGGAAUUGACACCCCGCCGAGGCCAGUCGGCCCUUUUCGACUCCUUUUCCUACCUCUCGUCGGACGACUCACCAUGGAACCACAUCGUUGUGGCCUGGACUGGCGAGAUUGAGACCCCGACCGACACCCCGUCGCCUCCCGGCACGCCGCCCACCACCACGGUCCACCUCAGCGCUCUCAACCAUCUCUCUAAGCCUGUGCCCAUCGAUGGCGUUGCCCCGCCCACCCCUCCGCUGGUCGACGGCCUCUGGAUUCCCCGGGAUGACAUGCUGCGUCUCGAGAAUCAGCUCUCCCACAACAAAAGAAUAAAGACGAUCCCGGUCUGGCUGGCCGACGACUCGGACGGGCUGGACGAGGGCAUCCGCUUGAAGGACCAGGCAAGAUGGAGACGCUAUGCCGAGCACGACCUCUACACCCUCUUCCACUACAGACAACACGAGCCCACCGACGGCCGUGCUGAGAGAGUGCAAUGGGCCGACUACUACCGCAUGAACCAAAAGUUUGCUAACAGGAUCCUUGAGGUCUACAAGCCCGGCGACAUUGUCAUUGUGCAUGACUACAACCUGAUGCUGCUGCCUAGCAUGCUGCGGCAACGGUCUCCUCACAUGUACAUCUCGUUUUACUUGCACUCGCCUUUCCCCAGCAGCGAGUUUCUGCGCUGUCUGCCACGGAGAAAAGAGGUCCUCGAGGGCGUGCUCGGCGCCAACCUGGUGGGGUUCCAAAGCUAUAGCUACUCCCGCCACUUUGCCAGCUGCUGCACGCGCAUUCUGGGCUUCCCAUCCGACACGGCAGGAAUCGACGCUUAUGGAGGUCGAGUAGAGAUCGGUGUGUUCCCCAUUGGCAUUGACGCGACCAAGGUGGCCAGUCUUGCAUGGACAGACGAGGUCAACACUAAGUAUGGGAACUUGAAGAAGUUGUACGAGGGCAAAAAGGUGAUUGUGGGCCGUGACCGUCUGGAUACUGUCCGCGGCGUCGCCCAGAAGCUGAUGGCCUUUGAGCGGUUCCUCGAGAUGUACCCCGAGUGGCGCGAGAAGGUCGUCCUUAUUCAGGUCACUUCUCCCACCAGCAUUGAGGAGGAGGGAGAUGGUUCCGAGAGCAAGAUCGCCAGCCGUGUGAGCGAACUUAUUAUGAAGAUCAACGGCAUGUACGGUUCGCUUGGAUUCUCCCCUGUGCAGCACUACGCCCAGUACAUCAGCCAAGAAGAGUACUUUGCUCUCCUCCGCGCCGCCGACAUCGGCCUCAUCACCUCGGUCAGAGACGGCAUGAAUACUACUUCGUUGGAGUAUGUUAUUUGCCAGCGCGACACUGCCGGUCCCCUGAUUCUCUCCGAGUUCAGUGGCACGGCCGGCUCUCUCAAGGACGCGAUUCACAUCAACCCAUGGGAUUUGUCGGGCGUCGCCGAAGCCAUCAACAAUGCUCUGCUCAUGCCAAAAGACAAGCGCGAGGCAAUGCAAAAUAGUCUGCUGGCUCACGUCACCAGCAAGAAUGUGCAGUUCUGGAUUGUUGGUUUCCUCAGGCGCUUGGUGAAUGUUCUUGGUAGCCGCAAGAACAUCAUCUCGACUCCUCUUCUGGACCGCUCCGAGAUGCUUAGAAGGUACCGGGCGGCCAAGAAGCGCCUGUUCAUGUUCGACUAUGACGGCACGCUCACCCCCAUAGUGCGGGAGCCCAGCGCUGCUGUUCCUUCGGAGCGCGUCAUCACCAGCUUGAAGGCGCUUGCUGCCGACCCCCAGAAUGCCGUCUGGAUUAUCUCUGGUCGCGACCAGGAGUUCCUGUCUCAUCAUCUGGGCCACAUUUCGGGUCUUGGCUUCAGUGCCGAGCAUGGCAGCUUCAUGAGAAACCCAGGCUCGACCGAGUGGGAGAAUCUGGUGGAGAAGUUCGACAUGGGCUGGCAAGAGGAGGUCAUUGCCGUGUUCCAGAAAUACACGGACAAGGUCCCGGGAUCGUUUAUUGAACGAAAACGGUGCGCUUUGACGUGGCAUUACCGCCUGGCCGAUCCCGAACAAGGCCUCCACAUGUCACGCGAAUGCCAAAAGGAGCUCGAAGGCACCGUGGCUCGCAAGUGGGAUGUGGAAGUGAUGCCUGGAAAGGCCAACAUUGAGGUUCGCCCUACAUUUAUCAACAAGGGAGAGAUCGCGAAGCGCCUUGUCAACACGUACAAUGCUGAGCUCAAGGCUCUCGAGUCCGACGACGAAUCGGCCCGCAAGCUCGAAUUUGUUCUCUGCAUGGGAGAUGACUUUACCGACGAGGACAUGUUCCGUGCCCUCAACGGCCUGUCUGCGCCCAACGAUGGCACAGCCGAGGUGGAGGCAGAGAACACCUUUUCCGUGACCGUUGGAGCCAGCACCAAGGUUACGCUGGCCAGGUGGCACGUGCUGGAGCCGCAAGACGUUAUUGAGUGUGUUGCGCUUCUUGCGGGUGUUGGCGGCAGCGGGACGGGCGCCACAGACGGUGUCUUGAGCAUGGGGGAGAACAACCUGGCAGCGCUGGCGGCUGUGGAGGACCACAUCCCCGAGAAGCUUUGA